UAUUCAGUUUAAAUUUAUGACUUAAUCCUCUCAGCCUCCUUUUUGUCCCUUUCUGAUAAAUAUUUUAGAUAAUAGUCAUUCGAACUUCCUUGCCUUUUUAAAUCACUUUCUAAAGAAAUCAUAACGCCAUAAUAGUGACUUUGAAAAAGUAAUCAGUCAGUCACAACAUACCGUUAAAGUUAAAUAUUCGUAAUUAGCUUUAAUAAUAAAAUUCUAUUUAUUAAAUUAUCAACUCUAUAUUAAUUUAUUCAAUUUCUUCCAUGAUUUUUAACGACUUUCGACGUGGAUUAAACCAACAACAAUGUGCAAAGAAAUGCUGAAAACCAUCAAUAGCAGUGCUUCAAAAGACUUCUAUAAGAUCGUGACAGUCGACGAAUCAUAGAUGCGCAUAAACUUGAAACUGAACGGUUUGUUCUAAAUGAUCAGGGCCUGUGCACUGGAAUAGUAGAAGUUCAGGACGAUUUUCAACGCCAUCUAUGUUAUCGGUUUACAUCUAAAAGCUUACUUUUUGGUGUUUUAUUUUUAAAUGUUUGUCAAUCUGGAUUCUGAAACUAAGUUGCAAUCAUGCAUCGAGAAACGACCAAGAUUAUUGGAUGAACAACGUCCAUCUUGCAAAGGUGUUUGAUAUUGUUUGUUUAUUAGCUAUUUGCAUUUUUGUGCAUUUAAAACUUAUUAUUUGUUGCGAAUUGUGGUGUCGCGUUUACUUACUCAAUAUGAGUAAACGAGUAAAGGCCUGUUGUGUACCAGGAUGCACGAAUAAGCAAGCGAAAAGACAUUCCAUUCCUACCAAUGAAGACGUUUGCAGAAUUUGGUUGCAAAGAAUAAAUAACCCCAAGUUAAUGCUUGCAGAUACAGUAUUAUCAUCACAUAGAAUAUGUGAUAUUCAUUUUGAACCAAUUUGUAGAAACCCCAAUGGCAGGUUAAAAAAAGUUUCCCUGCCAACUCUACUUUUACCUGGUUACAAAAAAGGUGAAAAUGAUAUUUUUUGGAUACAGGAGCAACCAUCUUCAUUUUCAACUCCAAAAAAGCUGAUAGAAUUGAUUGUAAGGACUAGUUCCUCUAUCAACAUCUUUUCUGGCAAUAGCCCAAUAGAGGGAACAAAAAAACCUGUUAAGGUGUACACAAGGAAGCGAUUAUUUCAAGCUCUUGUUGAAGAACCUUGUAGCUCCUCGAGUAUCCUGUAUGAACCAUCAAUAUCGACUAAUAUGGAAACAAAUAAACUUGGAGGACACUCGACUGUGACAGAUAUACUUGCGAGUUUUCCAUUAGGCCAGACAUCUUUGACCCCAUCUACCUCCACUGAGUUGAAAGUUCAAAUCCCUAUUAGAGUAUAUGGACGAAGAAGUCAGCCCUUCAUAGACUCUGAAACUUCAUUUAUGCUUCAACCGUCAACUUCUCAAGCUGUCGAUGACGUACUAGACCCUCCAGUAGCACCAUCAAAAGACCGAGAGGAUAUGAAGCAAACAGUAAUUAAGGACGAAAUCGAGAUUCACGAUGAUUUUAUUUGCAAUACGAAAGUCAAACAAGAAUUGAGUGAUGAAAUUUAUAGUGUCGCAUUUCAAAAUGUAAAUACAAUUAGUACGCGUCCUAUUAAACAAGAAAUAAGUGACGAUCUAAACACAAUUCAACUAUUUGAACAAUCUAUGGUCACCAUAAAAACAGAGGAAUGUACUAAUAUGGUUGAUAAACCCAAAAUUCCAAACAACUUUGAAUAUUCCAGAAUAAAAUCUGGAAAGGAAACUAAAUCACAAGGGUUGCAAAAAUGUUUAAAACAUCUGAUUCUGAAUAGUAUCAAUGGGAUUAUAAUCUGUGAGUCGUGUGGAAAUUUAUACACGAAACGAAUAGAAUUCAUUCGGCACUUUUCUACAAGUCAUUAUAUGAAGAAGAAAUUUUACCAGACAAAUAAAUGUUCUAAAAAAAAGGAAAAAACAGACACUGCUGUUAACAGAAAUGUCGAUGUGGAUGUUAAAAAUGAAACAGUUGAAGAUGAUUGGAAAAAAGAAGAUAUUAGAUUUGCUGCUAACUUCACGUCAAGUAUAUAUGAAUGUCAGAACUUGAAGAGAAAUGAUGCAAACGCAACGAAAAACUUCCUCAAAUGUGACAUUUGCUUAAAAAAUUUUUCGCCCAAAAGUCGUCUGAAAACGCAUUUGCGUAGUCACACUGAAGAGAAGAGAAAUUCACACGUUCGUACUCACACUGGAAAAAAUGUGACGUUUGUUCAAAAACUUUUUCACAAAAAGGUUACUUGAAGACACAUUUAGGCACGUGUGAAAAAAACCAUUCAAAUGUGGUGUUUGCUUAAAAACUUCUCCACAGCAAAUAAUAUGAUACUGAUUAUACGACACUUUCCUAUAAUCUACAAGGUGUUUCUUAAUGCAACAAAUUCGGGAAUGAGUAGAUAACGUAAAAAUAAUGCUGUGACAAAAAAAUUCUCAAAACGACCCCUCGUUUCUGAGUUAUAGACAUUUAAUGUUGCGAAAUCAAAACUAAUUUUCAAAAUUAUAAAUUCGAACAUUAUGAAUUUUUAACGGACGAUGCUCAUGCCCAAUUUUGGUUGAUUUAAAUAAGAUGACUGAAUAUGAUUGUUUAUUUUAUAUAAACAUUAAUUUUUUGACUUACCACUUGAUCUUCUUUUGUUCCUUUCCUACUAACACUCGUCUUUUGCGCCGGCGCCGUUGAAUUUGCACUAUGCGACAGGAGGAAAUGAGGUGAUUUCAUCAACAAUGCAGUGCCUCAAUGAACCUAUAAAAGAUUAAUUGAAAAAAAGACAAUUUAAUUUUAUUAUUUUAAAUAAAGUAUCACUUUUUAUAACUU